AUCCCUAGCCCUCGCCCGGCGAUAUUUCGAUCAUGUUUCUUCUUCUUUCUUCUCUUCAAUCCUUGCGCCUUGAGAUUUCUUUCUUUCGUUUGGAGCUCGAUCGUUCUUGUGUGUCAGAGACUUUCUUCUUCUCCUUCUUCUUCUUCUGUGGAGCUCGAGCUCCAUCCUUCCUUUGCCAAGCACUGUUUCAUCCAGAUUUUUUAUUCUUUUCGCAGGAUAACUUUUAUGCGCUAAAUGGAUCACUUCUCGCCCACAGGUCUCAAGGUGUUAGUCGUGGACGAUGAUCCUUGCUGCCUCACUCUGCUAGAGCGAAUGCUGCGAGAAUGCAAGUAUGCUGUUACAACUUGCAGCCGUGCGACAGCAGCCUUGACAAUCCUCCGGGAGAGGAAAGAAUCAUUCGACGUAGUAAUCAGCGACGUUCAUAUGCCUGACAUGGACGGUUUCAAGCUGCUGGAGCUCAUUGGCUUGGAGAUGGGGAUCCCCGUUAUCAUGAUGUCCGCCAGCGGCGAGACGGACGCGGUGAUGAAGGGCGUCGUGUAUGGAGCCUGCGAUUACCUGGUGAAGCCCGUGAGGAUCGAGGAGCUACGGAACAUCUGGCAGCAUGUCGUCCGGCGGCGUACCAAGGACUCGGCUGUCCGAGACGAAGCUCCCGAGGAGUGGGAGGACUUCAUGAGGUCAACCCCCACGGAUUCCUCCGAGGAGGCCGACGUUGACCUCCGCCUCCUGCGAAAGAAGAAGCGUCCGAGCUGCGACUUUGGCGGCGGUGGCGGCGACGAGAGCGUGAGGAGCAUCGCCAGCAACAAGAAGGCGAGGGUGGUGUGGUCAUUCGACCUCCACCAGCAGUUCGUCAAGGCCAUCAACCACAUAGGAAUCGAAAGUAAGUUACUUCUUGUUUUCUUCGAUCUCGAGAGCUCACAUUCUAAGUUUCUUGUCAUAGAGGCCGUGCCAAAGAGGAUUCUCGAAGUGAUGAACAUCCAGGGGCUCACGAGAGAGAACGUCGCCAGUCACCUCCAGAAGUAUCGUCUCUAUCUCAAGCGAUUGAGCGGCGUCACGCCCGAGCCAUUCCCGAUUGCUUCGUUCCAGGCCUACGAGGGUGCCACCUUUGGCGGCACCAUGCAAAUCCACCACCACCAAAGGUCCUCCUCCACUCUACCUCUCCUCCGUACCAGGAGUAGCGGCAGCAGCGGUGGCGGCGCCCCGCCGUACAACGUGGACACGCUCGCCACUCUCAAGCAGCUCCAGGCACUCCAGCAAGCGGCUCACGAGAAAGGCCAGGCGGCGGGAUUCGUCGGUGGCAGCGGCGCCGCCGCCGCCGGGAUCCGGCCGGGCUUGCGUGUGGAGGAGGAGGAUCACCAUCACCACCAUCCAGAAUUUGGUGGCGGUGACGACGACGAGCAGCAUCACACGGGCAGCGAUCACGAGGGGGAACUUUCCGUGCGGCUCAAGUGUGACGACAGCCUUCACAGCUCAAUGCCUGCGUCAUUCCAAGGCGCGGUGUUCCACCGCCACCACCACCACCACCACCAAUAUCAGAUUUAGAUUCGAUUGCUCGCCGUCAAGGAAGACAAAGAGAGUAGAGAUCUUGGCUGCCUGAUCUGUAAAAUUCCAACCACUGUAUUAAUAUGACACACCGAAUGGGACCAAA